AGAGUUUAUGUUUACCUACUACACUAUCUCUUAUUGUUAAAACAGAAAAUAGUAAUUGUUUACCAAUCAUACUACUGAUACUGGUUUUAUGUUUACUUGUGACACUAUUCAAAUUGUUUACAUGAAAAACUAAUAAUUGUUGGCACUAUUUAUUGAUCUAUUGUAUUACAGAAAUGUUAAGGUUACUUCUGAUUGCUUCAUUGGUCAGUUUAGUCACGUGUGAGACCAAAGUGGACAUUAAGUACAAAAAGUCGAUUCUUGAGCUCACAUUGCCAGCCACUGACAAGUUGAUUAAAUCUGUGACCUUCAUUUAUAAUGUCAAGAAAGUUAAUUACAAGGAAACUGGAGUUCUAACAACUGAAGGAUGGAAGUAUAAAACGUCUGCUGUGAAACUAGAUGGCGCUGACAAGAUUGUUGCGUCUGCUACUGGCUAUGACAGAAAGCAGAGACCAAUCCUGAGAACCAAGUCCUCAACUCUUUACUUAAAGCCUUACAGGGGCGUCGCUUUGCCAGGUAGACGAAUGAGAGGUGUUGUUUUCUUCAGAGACGACUUUAACUAUAUCGACACAAACAACUGGAGAUAUGAAGUCUCCGCCUAUGGUGGGCUGAAUCGAGAGUUCCAAGUGUACACCAACGAUCCUCGAAAUGUCUUCACUCGAUCUGGAAACCUUUAUUUAAAGCCAACGAUAUCAACGGAUGAUCCAAGAUUUAAUGAGAAUACACUUCGCUGGGGUGUCAUGGAUGUUGCUCGUACCUGGGGUGUAUGUACCAAUAGCGCUAAUUGGGGAUGCUAUCGGGAAGGAAAGUAUGGCAUUUUGCCUCCUGUGAUGUCUGGCAAGCUCAUGAGUAACCCAACAUUGAGAUAUGGUGUUGUUGAAGUCAGAGCAAGGAUUUCUAAAGGAGACUGGAUCUGGCCAGCUAUUUGGAUGUUGCCAAGAGACAAUGUGUAUGGAGGCUGGCCUCGUUCUGGUGAAAUUGACAUCAUGGAGUCCAGAGGUAACGAAGUCGGCAUUGGGAUCUCUCAAGUCAGCAGUACCCUACACUGGGGUCCAAGUCCGAAUGAAAACAGAUGGAGUCGAACUAAUGGCGAGAGACGAACUGGCUCGUGGUACGAUUCAUUCCACACCUGGAGACUUGAGUGGAGACCUGACAGUUUGAUUACUUUCGUCGACGACCAAAUAGUUUUGUCAGUGACCCCCGAUUUUUGGCAGAAGGGAGGUUUCGGUGGUCAGAACAUCUGGGCAGGGGGAGAAAGAAUGGCGCCCUUUGAUAAAGAAUUUUACCUGAUUUUAAACGUGGCUGUUGGUGGCACUAACGGUUUCUUCCCAGACAACUACAACUGGGGCAAGAGGAAACCAUGGGCCAAUAACGCUCCAGCACCCGAUGUCGAUUUCUUCAACGCUCGUAACGAGUGGCUGCCUACGUGGAGAGGCGACGAAACCGCCAUGAUCGUGGAUUAUGUAGAGUUCAGAACAUUAUAAUGUAGAGAUUUGUUUUUUUAUUUCAGUGGUACUAACUAUGCAUGGAACUGAGAAUUAAAGUUAUGUAUACUUUA